AAUGGCUGGACAGUAUUCUCCAUGAAAAGUAAAUUUUCUGCGUGAUUUCGUGUCUCUGCCUUCAUAAUUUGAACCUGGCACAUUCUGAGACUUUGCAGACAUGGAGCCCGGAAUAAUAGAAACCGGGCUGGUCGUUGGUUUCUACAGUUAUGUUUGUUUGUUCUGGAACCAGAACUUCGUCGAGGAAACGAAACACUUUAAAAUACUUGGUUGUUCCAUCUGUCUGAUGCUUCUCAUGUCCCUCCAUCAAAUUGUCCCAGUCAUAGGCAGGAAAGCCGCAGAGAAAACAGGGACAUCCUCUCAGGAAACACAGACCUCCUCACAGGAUAAUGUCUACAGAAGUAGAUCUGAUCCGGGUUUGUGGUGCAGCUUGUUGAUACCCAUGGCUUUGACUACAAACUUGUUACGCCAGCCGGAUGUGAACAGUGGACCUGUGAUCCUUGCCUAUAUCAUUGUGGUGCUGGUUCUGGUUCGAUUCAAUCCCUCCGCGGUCACUCAGAUUACCUGUGCCGGCCUCUUGUACUGGUUCAGGGAGGACUUUAUGUCCAAAGAUCGACCAGAACAAGUGGUGUUGGUGUGUCUGUGUGUGGUGGUCUACCAUCUCCUGGGCAGAAUUCCCCGGGCUUUCCCCCGCUCCUUCACAGAAGGGGAGCUGGCUGUGUGCCUACAAAUCGUCUUCAUUCCAUUGUAUCCCAUUGUAGUAAUUGCGUGUCAGGCCCUACAGAGGGGUGUCAGUAUCAUCAGCUUACCAACAAGUCUCUCCAUCGCCCUGAUGGCGUUUACCGGGGUUCUAGUGGGGACCCUGUUCGUGAGUGUGAUCCGUGUUAACAGUGGAGGGAUGAGGUUUGCAGUCUCCUAUGGACUGGCCUUCAUGUGUGCCCUGGUUCCUCUGUCAAUCAAGUUGUAUGGUACUCCGUUACUGGCGUACAGAGAAGUGACACAUUACCUGACAGGCUCCAGAGACAGGGUGAACCUGAUUCUGUGGUGGGGCUUUCUUGUCCUCGUAAGCCUGUUUAUUACAAUGGUGAACCAAAACAAGACUACUUCCAGUGGCUCCACACGCCUGCGCAAGGUGUUUCAUGUCCUUAUCCUGGGGGUGUAUGUUCCUGGGCUGGUCACUGACGCCAGUCUUUUGUUUGCAGCCUCCUGGGUGGCCCUGGGGUGUUUGGUAAUAGGGGAGACGGUGCGACUACUACAGGUGCCCCCUCUGGGAUCCCUCCUCCACAGGUGUUACUCAGUCUUCCUCAGUUCCCAGGACACAGGGAGGCUGGUGCUGACCCCCCUCUAUCUCCUCUGUGGUUUCUCCCUCCCCCUGUGGAUCCAUACAUUCCAGUGGUGUGAUUUUUCAAACAUGUUGCCUCUCUUUGCUGGUGUAUUAUCAGUUGGUAUUGGAGAUACUAUGGCCUCAGUUGUGGGCAGUGCAAUAGGAAAGCAUAAAGUAUUGGGUGGUCAGAAAACUGUUGAAGGAACAGUUGCAUCCAUUAUAUCUCAGCUUGUGUUCCUCUACAUUUUAGAUCUUAUUUUGUUUGGUGGUGCCAUACAUCCCCGGUGGUUGGUGGUGACUGGGAUUGUUACAGUUACCUCCCUUCUGGAAGCCUCCACCUCACAGAUAGACAACCACGUUCUUCCAUUGUUUAUGUACAAUCUUCUACUGACCCUGAAGUCUUGAUAGUCAGCAAUAGAAGUAGACAUCCAUAUUGUGCCAUUGUUUAUGUACAAUCUUUUACUGACCCUGAAGUCCUGAUGGUCAGCAAUAUAACUAGACAUCCAUAUUGUGCCAUUGUUUAUGUACAAUCUUUUACUGACUUUUAUGUCCUGAUAGUCAGAUAGUCAGCAUUAGUAGUAGACAAUCUUACUCUGUCAUUAGUCCUGCAGUACAGUAAUCUCCUACUGAGAAGGAAGUCCCUAUAGACAUGACUAGUGAUAGGAAAUGAUGCACGUAUACACAAUCAUUGCCAGGUUUUUUUUAUUUUAUUUUUUUAUAGAAGUAGCUUAAUGAGUGAGGCAUUAAUGAUAUAAAUUAGAACUCUGUAUAUGGAUUAUAAGUGGUUAAUAUGCAAUAUUUGUGUUUUUUAGUAAUAAAUAGGCAUACAAGAAAUGAUCUAUCCAGGCGAAUUCCUUACAGCUAAAGGUAUUAUGAAUACGAAUUAACCAUUUUUAUUUCAUGGUGCAGAAGGCAUGGGUAAGGUAAUUUGGCAACGUAGAUCCAAACGCAUGGCGGAAUUGGCUAUUGGUUUAUUUAAAUGUUAAUAUUCAAAAGAUUUAAAAUAGGUAGAUGUAAAACAUUUUAAGAAGUUGUGGUCAACACAAAGCUUUGAAAAUGAUUCAUGUCGUUAUACAAGAACAAGUUACAACUUGAACUUUUAUCACAUUUAAUAUUACAUUUUUUGGGCAUAGAGAGUAUUGCACUGAAGUAUUAAGUGUGAGUAACGUUUUGACCUACAUAUUGACAAACAAUUGUGUGUCCACUUUGACCUACAUAUUGACAAACAAUUGUAUGUCCACUUUGACCUACAUAUUGACAAACAAUUGUAUGUCCACUUUGACCUACAUAUUGACAAACAAUUGUAUGUCCACUUUGACCUACAUAUUAACAAACAAUUGUAUGUCCACUUUGAGCAACCCAAACACAAACAUUGAAUAUGAAUGUUUGUUGAAGAAUCAUGCAUUUCAACAUUUCAAGGUUGAUUGAAUUAUCGGUAUAUAGAUGAAUUAUCUAACUGAAUGGAGAAUUUGUUUCUAUACUAAUUUCUUGUUAUGUGUAUAAUCGUUUUAGAAUAUGCGUGAUUUUUGACAGAUGAAGAAGAUAAUUUAUCUCCUUUUUAUGUCAUUUAGGGUCUUUGAUCUUAUAUAUUUUGAAUAAAAUGACUAUUUCAAGA